ACUUUCGAAACCCUAGGAGCAGGCUAAGGCUUUAACAUUGGUCUUUUGGGACAUCAUCAAGUGUCCGGUUCCAGAUGGUUGUGACCCUCGUGUGAUCCUUCCGAGUAUUAAACGGCUUUUGGGGAAUAAUGGCUAUUGUGGUCCUCUCACCGUCACUGCCAUUGGCAAACUAGAGGACGUCCCUACUGACACCCUGAAAGCACUCUAUUCCAGUGGAAUCCAUCUUACCAUCGGCCCCUUGGGUUCCUACGUACGGGUUUAAUUGAGAUGGAUGAGACAGCUAAUUUUAUGGUCAUAUCCUAUUCGAAAGCCUGCCCUGGUUUAUUUAAGACUUUACAAGCGUUUGGCUACAACCCUCUCAGGCCGUUUCCAUUUCAUUCUCUUGACAGCUUAAUUAAGGAAGGUGUGUACGCGUGUUUGUCCUCUCUCAGUCUUGUUGUACGAAAUCACCAACAAAACACAUGAAUCUGUUGCCCCACAGAUUCAGGGGUACUUGAGGAGGAAACGGGUGAAUCUGCCUCAUGGCAUUUGCCUUGUAUGCCGUCAUGAUCCUCCUGCCCUCGGCUUUAAUAAUUUCAUCACACAUCUAUCUAAUGCAGACCAUAAACUUGGGGUAAUUCUCAUUGUCUACCUGUUUUUUUUUGCCUUGUUUUGACCCCAUCCCUCAUUCAUUUAAUGUUCCAGCUUACUACGACUAGGAAUACUAUGCGUCGUCCCCCGGUUGAUCUCUCCAGGGUGAGUAAGCGCUACCAAAGUCUUAAUUUUUACUUUCUUUGCCUGCAUUUGGCCACCAUGUUAUCUACUUCAAAUCCUCUUACCAGGUGCAUGUGUCUGCCUAUCUGAUUGAGCGCCAAAUGAUGAGGCUCAAACAGGGGCCCAUUCUGACAGACUUGAAGACUGCAAAGUCGGAGGGUGUCUAUUGGGACAUCAAGUUGUGUCCGGUUCCCCACGACUGUGAUGCUAUUCUUCUUGGAGAAAGAAGGCUUCUCUGGUCCUCUCACCAUCAUUGCCAUUGGCGUACUAGCAGACGUCCCUACUGACAUCCUGAGAGCACUCUAUUCCAGUGGCAUCACAUUUCAUAUCGUCCCCUACGGUUCUGCAGACAUCCCGAGCCUCAUUUUUGAGUGUUGCCAUACGAAUGGACCUCUACAUAAUAUAAUGGUCAUAUCCAAUGACGAAAGCUUGACUAAUCAGUCUGACGUGCUACAGACACCAUUUUGCAACUUUAAGCUGCUUAAUUCUCUUUAAAGCUUUUGUCUGGCAGACUCGGUGACACUUGAGGAGGAUGAUUGCAGUGAAACGGGUGAAUCUCCCUUUUGGUUUCCGAAAUUUUCCUUGCCAAAGCUUUGAUAGUUUCACCAAGCAUCUCUUUGGUAUAUACCAUCAACGGAAGUUGUCUGACCUGUUGCUCAUGAGAAGUGGACAUUGCUUGGAUGCACCACUACGUGAGCCUCUUGAGGAAAACCUGGAGGCUGUAACAUCGGUCUAUUGGGAUAUCAAGAUGCGUCCGGUUCCACCUGGCUGUGAUCCUCAUCGUGUCGGUCCGUGUAUUAAACGGUUUUUGGAGAAUAAAGGCUACUCUGGUCCUCUCACCAUCACUGCCAUGGGCGCACUAGAAGACGUCCCUUAUGACAUCCUGAGAGGAGUCCAUUCAAGUGGAAUCGGUCUUGAUUGCAUCCCCUAUGGGUUUUCAAUAUCUCUGGAACGUCAUAUUUAUGAGUUUAUGGAUUGGAAUCCACCUCCAGCUAAUGUAAUGGUCAUAUCCGAUGCAAAACACUCUGCUUCUGAUGAUGUUUUCGGGCUACAGUCGAAGGGAUACAACAUUGUUGAGCCGCCAUGUGAUUCUCAUGAAAGCUUUUUUUUGGCAGAUUCAAGGGCACUUGAGGCUUGCUGUGAAACGAGUGAAUACUUGCUGGGGGAUUUGUAUUGCUGGGUAUGCUGCCGUCAUUUUGAUAAAAAUUUCACCUUUCAUCUUGCUUGUAAGCGACAUCAACGUAAGGUAAUCAAGCAUCCUAGCCAAACCGGACGGAUUUGUUGUAUUAAUACAUUUUGUCAUUGCUUGCAAGUAGUCUUGUUGCCCUAAUCUUAAGGUAACCCCCUCCCUCUGCAUUUGUUUUUUAAGCAGUAAUUGAAAUGGUCCCAAGUUGAAGAAGAGUAGACAUGAAGUAAUAGAACUGAAGAAGGCCUAAGUUGUUUUGUUUUAAAUUGAAGAUGGUUCAAGUUGAUGUAUUUUAU